AUGCGAUUUUCACGAACCAUUUCAGUUGUUGGCGUACACGCAGCCGGCGAGGUUGGUGAUGUCAUUGUUGGUGGCGUUUUGGACGUUCCGGGGAAGACUAUGUACGAAAAAAUGGUCUACUUCUGGACCAAGGCCGACAGUCUACGACAACUUCUCUUGAACGAACCCCGAGGCCGAGCGUCCAUGUGUACCAACCUCGUCCUCCCACCAUGCAACCCUGCCGCUGAUGCCGGUUUCCUCAUCAUGGAGAGCGACGAGUACGUGCCCAUGUCCGGUUCCAACACCAUCUGCACGGCAACGGUGUUGCUUGAAACGGGGAUGGUGAAAAUGGUCGAACCGACAACCCAAUUGGCACUGGACACAGCAGCAGGGCUGGUAACAGUAACCGCAAAAUGCGAGUCGGGCAAAUGUAAGAGUGUGGCCUUUGACAACGUCCCCUCGUUCGUUUUUGCACUUGACUUUGAAGUCGAAGUACCCGGAAUUGGCGUUGUUCGCGCCGACAUAGCUUGGGGAGGCAUGAUCUAUGCCGUUGUCGACGCUUCCUCCCUCGACAUUCGCAUCGAAGACCACAGAGGAAAAGAGCUCGUCGAAAUUGGAGAGAAGAUCAAGAGAGCCGUGCAAAACAAAAUCGACCCUGUUCACCCAGAGAACCCUGGCAUACAUGGCGUCAGCAACUUCGAGUUUACGGGACCGUUGGAGAACGACCCGCAUGGACACGGGAAAACGGCUGUCAACACAGUCGUCGUUUCGCCUGGACGGCUCGAUCGAAGCCCUUGCGGUACAGGAACUUGCGCCCGCAUGGCUAUACUCCACGCGCGUGGUCUUCUCGGAGUUGGCGAGCCAUUUCGACACGUGAGCAUUACCGGAUCGGAGUUCACUGGCCACAUCAGAGGAACGACGAAGGUGGGCGAUUAUCCCGCUAUCCUGCCAACCGUUGAGGGGAGUGCGUGGAUUACCAGCUUCAAGCAAGUCGUGCUCGAUCCGACUGAUCCUUUCCCAGAAGGAUUCCGAGUGGGUGACUCGUGGCACGUACCAGGCUGUUGA